AUGCCCGAGCAGGAAGAUGCUACGCCGUCGGCGCGGGCAGCGAUACGGUCGGUCGAGGAAGACCAGAAUGCGGGUGACCGGCAUCACGGUGAUGUCUCUCCCACAAGUCUCUUGGAGGGCCGCGACGGUCCCAGCGUCCAGGAGUGGCGAGCGGUAAAGGAGGAAAUCCGAGUGCUCUACCAGAGCAAGCCGUUGAAGGAGGUCAAGAGGCUGAUGGAGCAACGACACGGCUUUAGAGCUACCGAGCGUAUGUAUAAAGCACGACUUGCUUCGUGGGGCUUUUCAAAGAACUACUCAGACCAUGACUAUCAAAUAUGCGCGGUUCUUCACUAUAUUCGUCAAAACAGUGGUAAGCAGGCAACGGCUUUCGAGAUCCACGGCCGUAAACGAUCUCUCAAAGACCUACACAAGUAUAUCAAAGGCAAAAAGAUGUCCGAAGAGGAAUUCCUGGCUACAGCUCUGAAGACCACCCAUUUUAGAAGCCAAGAAGAGCAGGAACGAGACCCGCAGUAUGCUCAUGUCAGGUCAUUAACACCAGAGGUGGAUGUUGAGUUUGAGGAGGGACUUGAUAUAAAAGGCCAGAAAUGCACGGACGGAGCUUUUCCAAAUCCUCGACACACUGCUAGUUGGCCAGGUGUUACCACACCCACAUCUGUGACCGAGCAAACAUGGCCACUGUCGACACCCAAUAAUGGGCGACCUGAUCUGGUCGGCUCAGAAACUCGAAAGGCUGCUGUGUCUAAGACACAGCCAGGGAAAGAAACACCAGCCUCCCCCCACCCCACAAAACACCUUCAGAAAUUCGUCCGGCCGUAUCUGCCUCUGAAGAUUCGAGGCAGGUCCGAGCUUGCCUUUGCAGACACGUCGGCUCAAGCGAACGCCAUGUCUGAAGCAUUUGCAAGAGAGCUAAACUUGACAAUCGACAAAUCCGGGGCAACGAGCUUCCACUGUCAUACCGCUGUACGCAAACGUAUGAACGCCAUCGGACAUACGACCGUCCGCUGUAGCUUGCCACUAGGUGUCGAUAAAUCCUCUGGCCACCAAAGUGUCCCAGAGACCAAGUUCUGGGUGUAUCCCAAGCUUGUUGAGCCUUUGGUAGUAGGGAACUCAUUCCUGCAAAGCACAGGAAUCCUUGCGAGUUUCAAGGAACGAGUACGGCAAAUAUCUGUUCCUAUAGGAAGUGCAUUGAGAGUCUGCCAUAUGGAGCUCCCUAGACGCAGAAUCAAUUGCACAGUCAACGACGAAAGGGUUCUGGCCAACCCAGACACAGGAUCGGACGUUGAUUUGAUAUCUCUUGACUAUGUACAACGAAGUGGACUUGAAAUCCAACCACUAGAAUCAGCAUAUCAAUACGUCGAAUUUGCGGACACAUCACAAAAGAUACUUUCAGGAUCCGUCCUCGUCUCAUUUCGAUUUGGUUCAAGAAAUGCAAACGAUACCGACGAACUGUUACGGCGCUUUUACAUCCUGGAUGAGCUCACAACCGACGUGUUAAUUGGCAAUAACACUUUGGACGACUUUGACGCGUUCAACACUUAUCGGGGAGAAUUGGUCGAUCUUGAGGAGUAUGAUGGUAGUACGGAUUUCCAUCUCAUCAGAUGGGUGCAGAAAUCAGGGGCCGCAGAUUUCCUUGACCAGAACUUCCAAGACUUUGAAUUCUCUACCAUCCUUGCAGCAUCCGCCCCAAUGCAGGAACCACAAAAAUCGAUUCUGUCAAGGCUACUCAAAAUGAGAUCAACCAGACGGAACAGUAAGAACAGCAGCGCUAUGACAGCCGAUGAGUCGAGGAUCCGAUCAGAACGAUAUCUGAAGUAUCGAGACCUAAAAGAGGACCACCGAAGGAGACUUGAAUCCGCCAGAAUUGCGAAGUUACCGUCAUUGACGUCUCAUGAGAAAGCUUUAGCUGAAGUGGCAGAAGCUGCAAUGAGAGACCGAUACGACCGUGAACGUUCUGAUUUCGUCAUAAGACAUAUCGCUGCCUUGCAACUUGCAGCCGGUGUUGCAAUUUCCUGA